AUUGCAAAAUUUAGAAGUAGCUUUCUUUUCAUCUCCUCACAAGUCAUGCAACCCAACAGUAGCCAUCAAUUUUAUUCUUCCACAACCUCUACCACCAAGCUAUUAUAAGGGUAUUGUACUUGCACCCUCCAAUUUUCAAACCUUCAUCACUAAAAAUAACUCUUAUCUUCCCCAUAAAUUUUCUUCCAGGAAAAUCACUUCUUUCACAUUUUCACCUGACUGCAUAACCAUGGGUUCUCCACCUACCAAAUCCAGGAUCCUUCCUCUUCUUUUUGCAACGAUCAUCCUCUAUUUCUGCUCUGUUUCUUCAUUAGCUGAGCUUCAACGUUUCCAGCAGCCAUUAAAACCUGAUGGUUCUCUUAGCUUCUUGGUGAUUGGAGACUGGGGAAGAAGAGGACUUUUCAAUCAAUCUGAAGUUGCUGUGCAGAUGGGAGUAAUUGGAGAAGAACUGAACAUAGACUUUGUCAUCUCUACUGGGGAUAAUUUUUAUGAAGAUGGCUUGACAGGAGUGGAUGAUCCAGCAUUUUAUGAGUCAUUUACUAAUAUCUACACUGCCCCAAGCUUGCAGAAGCAAUGGUACAGUGUUCUGGGCAACCAUGAUUACAGGGGUGAUGCUGAAGCACAGUUGAAUCCCAUUCUUACAGAAAAGGAUAGCAGAUGGCUUUGCUUGAGGUCAUUUAUAGUCAAUGCAGAAAUUGUUGAAUUUUUCUUUGUGGACACAUCUCCAUUUGUGAAUGAGUACUUCAUAAACCCAGCAGGUCAUUCCUAUGACUGGAAAGGUAUAUCUCCAAGGAAGAAUUACCUUGCAAAUCUGUUAAAGGAUGUGGAUUCAGCACUGGAAAGUUCCAAUGCAAAAUGGAAAAUUGUUGUCGGUCACCAUGCCAUAUUAAGUGCAGGACACCAUGGAAUCACAGAAGAGCUUCUAAACCAGCUUGUUCCAAUUCUAGAGAAACAUAAUGUGGAUGCUUACAUAAAUGGGCAUGAUCACUGCAUGGAACAUAUCAGCACCAGUCACAGCAAAAUUCAAUUCUUAACAAGUGGAGGUGGCUCAAAAGCCUGGAGAGGUGAUAUAAGAAAUUGGAAUCCAGAGGAAUUGAAGUUAUAUUAUGAUGGCCAAGGUUUUAUGUCAGGACAAAUGACUGACACCAAGGCCGUUUUUGUAUUCUAUGAUAUAUUUGGCAAUGUUUUACAUCAAUGGAGCAUAUCCAAAGUGAGUCACUCAGCUGCAUAAAGAUACGAGAACCAAGAAUUGCUAGUAGGAGUAUGUCAUCACUAUUUAUAAGUAAAAAUGCAGGACAAAUUGCAAAAUAAAAAUGAGAAUUUGUAAUAAAGUACCAAAAAUAGGAGAAUCUAUGUUUAAAUUUAGAGGCGUCCAUACCGGUGUACAAAUGUAAGUAUUGAUAUUAGCUGCUAAAAUUAGGUUUGUUUGAUUAACUUCAAUGAAUUUACCUUUUCUUUCUGCUGAA